AUUAUAUAAAUAAAUACGAAACUUUGCGGCAACGAAGCUUCUCCGUGCUCCGUCGAGGUGAGUCCGGCGAGGCCAGCCGCUAUACUAGUCACGUUUGAGGUUUUGCCCGCCUCCAUGGCUAGGGGAAAUCAUCAGGGCCACUCGUGGGCCGUGGCCGCCGGACUUAAUGCCGCUCUGGCUGCAGUCUCCGCCAAGUUUUUUGCUUCGCUGGUACAACUACUUAAUCUCUACCCUCUCCUCCAUUCUUCUGCCUCCUUCCAAAUCCUUUGCACGAUUAUUUGCCACAGUCUAUAUAUCGGAUCCUCCAGCCAGGAGACGCCUUUUGCUUUCAUUUCCUUUGAUCCUAUCCACUCUUCUUAUCAGACAAGUGUACCAGAUAUCGAUGUAAGAAAGUUUCUUAGAUAUGGCCUAGUCUUAUUCUUCAAUGUGACAAUGUGGGGUUGCUAUAUCAAUAGCCUUAAAGCGCUUUCAUCUCUCCAAGCUACAGUUACAAACUUUGCAACUAACUUCUUAUCUUCAGGUGUAGCAGGGUUUUUUCUCUUUCAGGAGUCGCUUCCUUCUCGGUGGUUUGCAGGUGCAUUUUUUAUCAUCAUUGGGGUUUUUAUCCUCAGCAAAUCAAAUAUUGAAAAGAAGCCAAGCCAAGAUUAAGAACAGCAGAUUCGUAAAACUUGUGUUUUUUUUUUCUUCUUUACCUUUUGCUCGUUUUGAAGACAGAUAGCAUCUGUUAAAUUGUGCAUUUUAUAUUGAUGACUCAUAUGGAUUUGAAUUUUUAAUAUCGUUUCAAACUAGAGCACAUAACUGAUUUGUACUUAUAAUCGGGUCUAGUGGAUGUUAUGGAUUCAAAUCCCAAAAA